AUGGACGAAAUCGACAUUCUGCACUUCAAUGAUGUGUAUCACACAUCGGACGUGGAAUUAGUUCCGCGUUUUGCAAGUACUCUGUCAAAGCCCAACCAUGUUCUCGAUGGGUUUACUCCAGCCCGUCAUCAACUGCGCGUCUUCAGUGGCGAUGCGUUCUCUCCCUCCCUGGAGGCUUCUGUGCUCCACGGUGGUCAUAUGAUUGAUCUGCUUAAUGCCCUCAAUAUCGACGUUGCCUGUUAUGGGAACCACGACUUCGACUUCGGCGAAGCCCGCUUGUCCCAUCUCUCGAGGCAAAAUAAUUUCCCUUGGACUUUAGCCAAUGCCGUCCGCAAGCAUUGUGUCGGAGAUCAAAGACGGUACUUGGCUCAAGCUCAAAAAUUCGUCACCCGGGAAGUCGCGGGGUACAGGUUGGGAUUCUUCGGACUUGCUGGCACAGAUUGGCCGUCAAACUGUCAACACCUACCGGACUGUGAGAUUCAUGAUCCAGCAUCAGACGGCAGGAGACUUGCAGCACACCUCCGGAACUCCGAAAGGUGCGACUUCGUCAUUGCGGUGACGCACAUGCGUCUUGCUGAGGAUCUGAAGCUGUCUCAAGCCACUUUAUCGGGAGAUGGAAAGAUUGAUCUCAUCCUUGGAGGGCACGAUCACUAUGUGCUCCGAAGAACACAUACUGACACGAACUUCGACCCCUCUAUCAUCCAGCCGGGAGUUUACGACAUUGCCGGGCCUGUCACCCAAUUCAAUGGCUUUGCCCAUAUCAUCAAGAGUGGGACUGACUGGAGAGGCCUUUCAAUUGUCCGUUUGAGGGUUGAGAGGCUGUCAGAUGGAAGCGCUUCCAUAUCUGACAUGAAUCUGAAACAAAUCGUCGACCUCACCAAAAUGCCAAAGUACCAUCAAAUACCGCCGUGCCCCAAGGCGCUUGCAGCCAUUGCCAAAAGUCUAGAAAGCAUUGACAAACUUGUUCAACAACCUCUUGUCUAUGCCGACAUUUCUCUCGAAGGACGCUCGACACUGAUCCGUAGUCAGGAGUCCAAUCUUGGUAAUAUGGUCGCUGAUGCUGUCAGGGCUUUUUAUAACUCGGAUAUUGCGCUAGUCAACAGCGGCGGUAUCCGAUGCGAUCGCGUAAUUGAGCGUAGCAAGGACGUACCGCUGUGCAUACGUGAUAUCCUAGACAUCAGUCCAUUCGACAAUGCGAUGGUGGUAAAGCGCGUGAGUGGCAGCACCAUUGCCCUAAGCCUGGAGAACUCUGUCUCCGAUGCGCACACGGACGGGCGUUUCAUGCAAGUCUCUGGACUUAGCAUUUCAGUCAACUGGCACCACGAGGAAGGUGAUCGCAUCUUAAGCAUAUUCCAUCAUUCACGACAGAACCCGGCGCCUUACCCUCUCCAGCACGAUCGUAUGUACACUGUGGCCAUGACUAACUUCAUAGCGGCGGGAUUCGAUGGUUACUCUUGCUUCGAGAGUACUGAAACAAUGAUCGACGUCGAGGGUGCCAUGACGGACACCAAUCUCCUUUUAGAGGUGUUCGGCGGCGCGUUUACGUCUCGCGAUCGUGUUGACGGCGAAUUGAAUGACAAUACUACAGCGGGUUUAAUGAGGGCUAGAAAGGAAAUCGUUAUAGCAUACAAUGAAAGCGAUGGACUGCCAGUCAUCAGACCACGGCUGGAAGGUAGAAUUAAGGUUAUAAGUGGCGUGAAUCUCUAA